CACCACCAGUAUCCUCUCAGUACCCGGAUCCUGACACUUUCUCUGUGUGGGUGGGGGAGGAAGGCCUCAAAGGCUUUCUCUACGAGUAGGCAGGAGAUGCUUGUCACUGUCUAAAUGUCCCUUCCAAAGAAAACAGGGCCGCCAUCUUGUCCAUCUGACAUAAUCUUUGCCCUCUUAAAAUGUCCCAGAAUAUCCUGAAAUACCCAUCUAAGUAUAUAGCAUCACAUAAUGUCUUCUACUUCUCAUUCUUCUCAGUCCAUUUUGUUAUCACAAGCUCCCUCUUGGGUUGACGGCUCUUCUUAUCUCUAUCAGAUAACUGGAUGAGUAGUGUCCACUUCUGGUUAAUCAAUAAUGAAGGGAUUCCAUAGCGGAGAGGUUCCUGAUCCUGACCUAUAAAUUCUCACAAGAUUUCCUAAUAAAUUCCCUAAUUAAAAUGAUAUCACAAAAAAUACACUGAGCCAAUACAACCUGAAUAUUAGGUUAUGAAUACUUCAGGAAACCCCAGGAACAACUGUGACCCUUAUAUAAUGGGGCCUGGAGUCCGGAUCACAGUACAGUCCACCAGCAGAACCUCCCCAGAGCACAUCUGUGAGAGCAAUGGCCGCCCACUGGGGAACAUCAAUGGUUCUCUCCACAUGGCUUCUUCUGAGCCUCAGCUCUUGUGUCCAUGGAACAGGAGAGCAGAUCCCUGGUACAGAUGGGUGGGAUGUCCCUCCAGUGUCCGGCGGAGAUUGUCCAUUCUCUCUGGGCACCACAUUUCCACCACGUGUGAAGGUUGAUAUGAAGGUCGGCAGUAGGAGUUCUGCACAUCUCAUGACUGACAGUAUGAAGAGCCGCUCAAUGUCUCCAUGGGAAUACAGCCCUAACGUGGACCAUAACAGGUUCCCUGUGGUCAUCAAUGAGGCCAGAUGUCUCCACCACGGCUGUAUGGACUCUGAGGGUAAUGUGGACCUCAUUAUGAACUCAGUCCCCAUCAGACAGGAGAUCCUGGUCCUGCGUCGUGAGAUGAGAGAAUGUGUCCCCGUCUAUAAGCUGGACAAGCAACUGGUCACCGUGGGCUGCACCUGUGUCCGACCCAUCACCCACUACCUCAAAUAAGAGGCGACACUGUACCUAUCACUAAUAAAAGUCCGGAAUAAUUUAUGAUAUUGUAUUAUAAAAAUAUUCUAGCAAUGCCUAGCUAAUUAUUAAUAGAAAUAUUUUAGUAUUUUAUUUAUAUUUUUAUAUUUAAUAUUUAUUUCAUUUUUUUAUAUUUAUUUC